AAGCCAGACGUCCUGGACUCGAAAGUUUCAGCGAAAAUUUCAGGAUUGGCUACGCUUGCGCUGCUUUUUCAGGUUGAGUUUAUCAACCGCAGAUGUUGUCAGGACCGUCAGUUCGUGGAUAACAGCAUACGCAGGAUGCAAGGACUGAAAUUUUUUUCAGGAUACGAGUCGCGAUCUCACUGGCGUUCGCUUUCUACUUUGUGUGCGACGAGUUUCAGUGACUGUGAUAUUAAUUUUUAAGUAGCGGAUUUUGAGUUUUUGCAGGAAUUCAGCCAAGAUCAAUGCAACAUGUACGGCCUAAUCCUGGAAAAUAUGUCCGAGUACAUAAAGCAAACCUACGGCGAGGAAAAAUGGGAAGAGAUAAGGCGAGCAGCGGCCGUCGAUCAACCCAGUUUCAGUACCCACCAGGUUUAUCCUGAAGCUCUGAUCCCUCGUCUGUCGAAAAAAGCCGUUCAGAUAUUAAAAGUGAGCGAGAAGGAUUUUUUCGAGCAAAUGGGUGUGUUUUUCGUCAGUUUCGUCAGUCAGUACGGAUACGAUCGAGUGCUUUCGGUCCUCGGCCGCCACAUGAGGGACUUCCUCAACGGGUUGGAUAAUCUCCACGAGUAUUUAAAAUUUUCGUAUCCUCGGAUGCGGGCGCCGAGCUUCAUUUGCGAGAACGAGACGAAGCAAGGACUGACGUUACAUUACCGGAGCAAAAGACGGGGGUUUGUUUAUUACACGAUGGGGCAAAUCAAGGAAGUAGCUAGACAUUUCUACAAUAAAGAAAUGAAAAUCGAGCUGGUGCGGGAAGAGCUGCUUUUCGACAUGGUCCAUGUCACUUUCCAGUUAACGUUCGAUAACCGGGCUUUCACUCUCGCAUCGCUGGCGAUGACAAGAGAAGAAAAACACUUACCGAUUAGUGCGUCCGUUUUAUUCGAGAUUUUCCCGUUUUGUAUAGUUUUCGGUUCGGAUAUGAUUGUCCGCAGCAUAGGCAACUCGCUCAUGGUGAUUUUGCCCGACUUAAUUGGGAAAAAAAUAACGAAUUGGUUCGAUUUAGUUCGGCCUUUGACAGCGUUCAAGUUUCAAACGAUUUUAAAUCGUACAAAUAAUAUUUUUGAACUAGUGACGGUCGAACCGAUCCUUCAUGAGAAACCGCCCGAGAGAGGGAGGCAAGAAAUGAUACUUAGCGACGAGCUGGAUUUGGAGGAAGACAGGAGUUUGAGACUUAAAGGGCAAAUGAUUUACAUGGACAAUUGGAAGAUGAUGAUGUAUCUAGGAACCCCAGUGAUGCCUGAUCUGAAUUCGCUAAUCAAUUCCGGGCUUUAUAUUAAUGAUCUCUCCAUGCACGAUUUUAGCAGGGACUUGAUGUUGGCUGGAACCCAACAGUCAGUCGAACUGAAAUUAGCUCUAGACCAGGAACAACAGAAAAGUAAAAAAUUGGAGGAAUCGAUGCGGAAACUGGACGAGGAAAUGAGACGAACUGACGAGUUGCUUUACCAAAUGAUUCCAAAACAAGUAGCCGAUAGAUUACGGAAAGGCGAAAAUCCGAUCGAUACAUGCGAGAUGUUCGACAGCGUUUCAAUCCUCUUCUCCGAUGUCGUCACAUUCACGGAAAUUUGCAGCAGGAUUACGCCGAUGGAAGUUGUCUCAAUGCUGAAUGGCAUGUAUUCAAUAUUCGAUACUCUGACUGAGAGAAACCGGGUGUACAAAGUGGAGACAAUCGGUGAUGCUUACAUGGUGGUUUCUGGGGCCCCGGAAAAGGAGGGCAACCACGCGGAACGCGUCUGCGACAUGGCCUUGGACAUGGUGGACGCCAUCACCGACCUGAAAGACCCUUCCACGGGUCAGCAUUUACGGAUCCGGGUUGGGGUCCAUUCGGGCGCGGUUGUUGCAGGGAUAGUAGGGUUGAAAAUGCCCCGAUAUUGCCUGUUUGGCGAUAGUGUAAAUACCGCCUCUCGGAUGGAAUCGACAAGUGAGGCAAUGAUGAUCCACAUUUCCGAAUAUACGCGGCAACUGCUACCCCCUGCGUACACCGUACUGGAACGAGGGGAGAUCCAAGUGAAGGGAAAAGGUCAUAUGAAAACGUAUUGGUUGAAGGGAAAAGAGUCAAGGACGCCGAUAGAUCGGCGGGAGAAAGCACCACUGCACCAAGAGAUCGAUCCUUUGGAUAAUAGAGAGUUUAAACACCCUAACGUUCACGCGGAGGAUAGAAGGAGUGUCGUUUAUUCUCCGAUCACAUUUCAGGAUGUGGCACGGAGGAGUAUUGCGAGUUCGCCGGUUAAAUAUUCGCAAAGUACGAGAGGUCUCCCGCACCGUUUUAUGGAGAAAGUGACCAAGCUGCGUUCGAAUUCUGCUGGGGCUGUGUACGGGAUGCGCGACCCGGCUGAUAUUUUCGGGGCCAUGGUCCUCGACAAUUCUCCAAUUAAGGAAGACACGGACAGGCCCUUAAAGACUUUCACCCAGGAAGUAAGUUUAGUGGCUCAGGGAUCACCCUUGACCUCUCCACCCUCAAUUUUCCUAUCAAACCAUACAGAGAAGUCCCCGAAGGCUCAAUUUGAUAAAAAAGAUAAAGACAAUAACCCGUACGAAUUCGGGCGAUCGAUGUACAACUACGCGAAGAAAUUCGAGGGGAGGAAGAAUGAAAAGGGGGCGCAUUCGGAGAUGCCCGUCUCGAAGAGCGACGGCGACCUCCAAGGCAAGAAAACUCUAGUUAAUUUAUCGAACAGUCAUUUGAACAAAUCCAACCACCAUCACCAGCACCAGUGUUGCUCCGGGUUCGGGGCCGGGAAUAGACACAGGUUCCAAAGCAACGCUUGUGUUAUCAACUAACGACAAUAUCUCGAUGUAAAUGACCAGAUCUCUUCAUGUUUCAGUAGACUAGGCUUCAAAAUUCGAUGUGAUAGGACACAAAAUACUCCUCUUAAUACUGUAUUUUUUAAAAAAAUAUUUGUACCUCUCAUAAUUCGUAGGUUUAUGUACAUAUCGUCAAUAAAUCACAAUUAACAAUCAA